AUGAAUCACAGGCCUCGUAUACUCUUUGGCAUACGCAUCUCAACCAUGAGAUUUUUGAGACACGUAUCCAUAUCACCUUUGAGCAACCUUGUGUCGCAGUCAAAACCAAAGCCCGUUCAUAAGUUCUCAUAUGAGAAAGCCAAUAAUGUCCGGAUGAACAGCGGCGAUUUGGAGACACCUGAUUUGACCACGAACUUCGGUGACUACAAGAGAAUCUCGUAUAAACUAAAGGUAUCCGAAGACGAAGCCCAGAAAAUUCCCGCCAUAUUAGCUUUGCAUGCGAGAUUGAAUCUUUCACCGAAUUUCAAAAAAUCAACCCUUGUGAGAGCUCUCACCUCUAAAAUGAAGAACAAUGAGUAUGUUGAUAAUCAUCAAAUGGCUCUUUUUGGAUCUAGCAUGCUUUCUUAUUAUACAACAGAGUAUCUCAUAACAACUUACCCUCGACUUCCCAUUGGUAUCUUGAAAACUGCAACUGACGCAUAUGUGGGCGAUUAUUCGCUUCAUGACGUUGCGAAAAACGUUUGGGGCAUUGAGGAAGAUUCGGGUACGAAUCUUGAAAAGUAUCUAUCUAAAGAACCGAAACUGUUUAGAUUUGGUAAACUUAGAUACGACAGGCAGGCACAAGAAGUGGAAGCGGGCAUUACAAAGUAUAGUAUCUCAUCGGAGACUUCUUUGAGUGCUGCCACCGCAUAUGCAAAUAGUGUGAGAGCAAUUGUGGCUGGUGUGUUUGCGGCAGACGGUGAGCGAGCAACCAAAGAUUUUAUUUACAAACAUAUUUUAUCAAGAAAUGUGGACAUACCAUCGAUGCUGGGGUUUGAGGAGCCAGGGAAAUUGUUAGCAAAGCUUCUCAAAACAAAAAAUAUGGAACCUCCCACCAUCAGGCUCAUUUCUGAAACAGGUAGACAAUCGAGUUCACCAACUUUCAUUGUUGGCUGCUUCAGCGGAGAUAAUCUUCUAGGAGAAGGACAAGGGACGUCCUUGAAAGAGGCUCGUAUUCGAAGUUGCGUCAGUGCUCUCAAAGCAUUCUAUCUUUACAAACCACUUGAGCCCCGCGUUCCAAGUGAUGAAGGUUUCAAACCGCUAUUUGUCGAUGAGGGAGAGUUGUUUUAUUGA